AUAAAGGCUUCUAGUAGCACCACUCUGAGCCACCAGUGGUGCAGGCCCCACUCCACCCAAUUGAAGUCAUCACUAAUCAGCAAUCAUCAUCUUCAACACAUUUCUCUCCUUCCUAUUCCAAUGGCCAAAUUAUGGAGACCUGCAACUCACUUCAAAUCUAUCCUUAACUCCUCCUUCCCUCGUACACUCACCACUUUCUCCAUCUUUCUCUCUCCUCCUCAUCUCUCUUUCCCCAAAACCCUAAUUCUUCCUAAAUUCCCCAUUUCCCCCCUUUAUAAUUUCCCUAAUUUAACCCUAGUUUGUUGUUUGCCUCCUGUUUCACCCUUUGCUACCACUACAUUUGAGUGGAAUGAGCCAAUUGCAUGCUCUGAGGUUGUUAAGUCUACUUCUUUCUCUGAGAAUGAUAAUGAUGAUGAUACUGAUCCUCGCCCUUAUAUUCCUGUUCGCGCAUUCUUCUUCUCUACUAGUGUGGACUUGAAGAGCUUGGUGGAACAGAACAAGUCUAAUUAUAUCCCGCCUACAUCUAGGAUGACAAAUUAUGUUGUUUUGAAGUUUGGAAAGCUCAAGCCUGAACCCAACGGUCUCGGGGCCACCUUAAGUGGAAGUGAUUGUGGCUACAUGGUGGUUUUUCAAUACGGAUCAAUUGUUUUGUUCAAUGUUCGUGAUCACGAAGUUGAUGGCUAUUUGAAAAUUGUGGAAAGACACGCUUCUGGCUUGCUUCCGGAGAUGAGAAAAGAUGAAUUUGAAGUAAGAGAGAAGCCAAAUCUAAAUACUUGGAUGCAAGCUGGCCUAGAUCACAUAAUGCUGCAGUGCUUAAAUAUUGAUGGUAUCCGUACCAUAGGUAGCGUACUUGGUCAAAGUAUUGCACUUGAUUACUAUGUCCGUCAGGUUGAUGGAAUAGUGGCAGAGUUCACUGAUAUAAACCGCGCAAUGGAAAAAACUGGGACUUUCACCAUGGAAAGAAAGAAGCUCUUCCAGUUAGUUGGGAAGGCAAAUUCUAACCUGGCUGAUGUGAUUCUUAAGCUUGGCCUUUUUGAAAGGUCUGACAUUGCAUGGAAGGACGCCAAGUACGCUCAGAUCUGGGAAUAUCUUCGUGAUGAAUUUGAAUUGACACAAAGAUUUGCCAGUCUAGAUUUCAAAUUAAAGUUUGUAGAGCAUAACAUUCGGUUUCUGCAAGAAAUCUUACAGAAUAGGAAGUCCGAUUUCCUUGAAUGGCUUAUCAUCAUUUUGAUUGGUGCUGAAAUUCUCAUAUCUGUAUAUGACAUUGCUCAUAAGUCAGCAAUAACCUCGCUUUAGUCCUUGGUCAUUAAGUACUCCAAGCUUCUUCAGUGGCGGGUCUUAAACUCUGCCAUUCUCGGUUUUCAACUGUACAUCUGAUGCUAUGUUCUAGUCUCGAUAAUUUUACGUGAUAUAUCAUUUGUAUAUGGGUAAUUUAUAACAUCCAUUUCUUAUGUAAAUCCUUCCUUUUAUAGUUAUAAAGUUAUAAUCUGUCAGGUCUAUAAAAUUUUGCUUUGUUUCCCAUC